UAGAAGAGGGAGAGAAACCGCCGCACGAGGAGGUGAUGGCCGAUAAUGCGCAUGGCGCGCCGCGUGAUGAUGUCAUCGCUGCGGGGAAGUGGUGGUGGCGAUCGGAGGACAGAGAGAAGAACGGCGGCGGCGGCGGCGGCGAUCCCGACCUUGUCGACCAGCACGCAGGGGGGGAAGCGCGCGGGGGAGGUGGUCCCAUCGGCACUCGUGACGGCGACGAGCAAGGAGAAGACGAAGGGGAAAGCGAUGGCGAAGAAGGGGGGGAGAUCGAGGGGCUCCGUGAUCGGGGGGAUGGAUGCUUGUGAGUCUGAGGGUGCGGAGAGGGAUGAGAGAGAGAAGGAGGGGGUUUGGGUGGUGGAGGACCCAUGCUCCCUGGCGCAGCACGGGGAGUCGAUUGAGGAGCCGGCGGAGAUGGCGGCACAGCCUGCGCGUCACCGUCCUGGUCCAGAGACAGAGGCGGCGGAGAUGGGAUCCUCAUGCCUGUACGUGAUGGCAAGGGCGGAAAAGAGCGCACCGCAGUGCGCAGACCUAGAGUGCGGGGGAGAGCGACAGAUGACACAGAAGAAGAUAGCAAUGGAAGGGAGGAAAGCGGUAGUGGCUUACACACCCGUAAAGAAGGCCAGGGUGCAUUCAGAAGCGACCGGAAGAGACGGGGCAAAAGGAGAUGAUCGAAUCACAUGGGAAAAUGUACAAGGGAAAGGAGAGGAAAACGAAGAAAAGUUGACGCGGAAAGGGGGAGAGGCGAGGAGAGAGUUAAGCGAAGCGCCAUCAACGCCACAAGUCUGACUCUAAUCACCUUCACGUCAUGAAUACCCACUUGAAGCCCCUCUGCUCACUUCUUACCGGAAGAUCGAGAUCAAUCAAUUGCCACAUCCACG